AUGUCUUUACUGAGCGGAGAAUCUGAAGGUACGAUCUUGAAUCAUGCGUCGUCACAAGAUGGUGAGCAGACACAUGGUACUAAGCGAGGAAGUUACAAAUCACUGAGGCGGCCUAGUCAUAGGCGUCUGAUCAGUCCCAGUCGAGCCACUUUACCCAACCGAGAAUGUUUGAGGAUUCAUAAUAAGCUAACGAGAGAACAAGACCAAAAGAAAGUGUCUUCUUCAGUGUUAAAGAAGCUAGGUAAAGAUGAAUUGAAAUCAGUUAAAUCACAUACAGAAUUGGCAGAAACUGCAAAUGGAGUACGAAUGCUUGCUAAAAAUUUGGCAAAAGCGACCAUUCAUCUAGAUGUGAAGGCAGUUAUGAUAGUGACGAAAGCCAGAGAUAAUUCAUUGGUUUAUUUAACCAGAGAGAUAGUAGAUUGGCUACUCUCAAAAUAUAAGGAUAUCGUAAUAUAUGUAGACAAAAAAUUGAAAACACUGAAGAGAUUUAAUGCUGAUCUUCUUAUAAAGUCAUAUCCAAAAGCAAGUCAACUCCUUCAAUAUUGGGACAAAGAUUUGGCUUUGAGAAACCCUGAAAAAUUAGAUGUUGUUUUGACCUUAGGUGGAGAUGGGACUGUUUUAUAUGUUUCCAAUCUUUUCCAAAGAGUUGUCCCACCUGUGAUAUCGUUUUCAUUGGGAUCGCUUGGGUUUCUAACUAACUUUAAAUUUGAAAAGUUUCGGGAAAAGAUGGCGAACGUUUUAGAAUCGGGUGUCAAGGCUUAUUUAAGAAUGAGAUUCACUUGCAGGGUGCAUAAGGCUGAUGGUAGGCUUGUUUGCGAGCAACAGGUAUUAAACGAGCUAGUAGUGGAUCGUGGACCGAGCCCUUACUUAACACAGCUUGAGCUCUAUGGAGAUGGUUCUUUAUUGACAGUUGCGCAAGCUGAUGGACUAAUCAUUGCCACACCUACAGGCUCUACUGCUUAUUCACUUUCUGCUGGAGGCGCGUUGGUUCAUCCCGCAGUUGGAGCCAUAAGCGUAACACCGAUUUGCCCUCAUACAUUGUCAUUUAGGCCGAUCUUACUUCCUGAUGGAAUGUUCAUCAAAAUUCGGGUGCCUGAGGCAAGCCGAUCUACUGCAUGGGCUUCAUUUGAUGGAAAGGUACGUACUGAGCUUUUUAAAGGAGAUUAUGUGACUGUUCAAGCAAGUCCGUUUCCUUUCCCAACAGUUAUAUCUUCUAAAACUGAAUACAUUGACAGUGUUAGUAGAAAUCUAAAUUGGAACGCAAGAGAGAAGCAAAAACCAUUAAAAACGCUUUUGGAUACAAAGCAGAGCAAUGACUUGCCUAUAGAAGAGAGUGAUAUUGAUAAUCUUCAUAUUGCUUCGAACGACUCUGAAAACUUCGAUAUAAACUCGACAGACGAUUCCGACUAUGAUCGCGAGGACGAGGAUACUCGAUAUCUACCUGCUCCAGGGGCUGGAUUAAAUACGCCCCCUUCACAUACCUUCAGUGAUGAUAGAACUUGCUACGCGCAUCCAAAUGCAAGGAUAUCAAUUGAUGGACAAAGCUCUAGUAGAAGUGCGUCGAAUAAUUCGAUGGGUUCAGAUGGAAUAUUCUUCUCUCCUGAUCCUAUUCACCCACCAAUACAUGGCCGUCGGAGUCAUAGUGAAAACUAG